ACGUGACAAGAAGCUACUUACCUAACUCUAUCCUUCCAAGCACUUCUUAAUACCAUGUUCCUUCCUUUGCAGAUCUUUGAUGUGGGAGAAAAUCUGACAGUCCCUGAUGAAUUCACAGUGGAAGAGAGGCAGACAGGCAUGUGGUGGAGACAUCUGGUUGCGGGUGGAGGUGCAGGUGCAGUGUCCAGAACCUGCACGGCUCCACUGGACCGGCUGAAAGUGCUCAUGCAGGUCCAUGCCUCCCGCAGUAACAACAUGUGCAUCGUUGGUGGCUUUACCCAUAUGAUCCGAGAGGGUGGGCCCAAGUCGCUGUGGCGGGGGAAUGGCAUCAACGUCCUGAAGAUUGCGCCAGAGUCUGCCAUCAAAUUCAUGGCUUAUGAGCAGAUCAAACGGUUCAUUGGCACUGACCAGGAAAUGCUGAGAAUUCAUGAGCGGCUAGUGGCUGGUUCUCUGGCAGGGGUCAUUGCUCAGAGUAGCAUCUACCCAAUGGAGGUGAGGCUG